AUGUCUGAGUACCCAGAAUAUAUUAACGGUGAACCACCGGUUAUAACUUUAGAAGAAUAUGACGUUGCUCCAUGGGGCAAAACAACUUGUGUUGAUUCAAGACCUGAUGGAUAUGUUAUCGUAAUCAUGGAAAAGCCAGAGGUAGUUGUUGCUAGAAUCGAUAAAAGCGGUGAUGAAACUUUGGAUAAGAUCUUCAGAAGUGCUAAACAAACUCACGCAGAGCAAAGUGCUAAAUAA